UUGUAGAUCGCAUCACUCUCAGUUGUGAGCCUGCGUGCGCACGAACGGGCGCGUGCCCGCGGCGUUGUGAGCGCGCUGGCGGUGCUGAUGGAGGCUGAUUCAGUGUGAACAGACGCUGCAGGAGGAGGAGGAGGAGCAGGACCCUUCAUCUGAUCACAUCAUCGAUCCGCGAUGAUCGAUCGAUGACCUGUGAUCAGCUGUUUUCAUCCCGGAGCGGCUGCACGAGGCCACAAUCAGCGUCAUCAAUCAAUCAAUGAGCUUCUUCGAUCACACCUGAUGUGUGGAGCGCCUGACGCAGCGGAGACAAUCAGCUGAGCGGAGGUUCUGGAGCGGACCAUCUCUGGAUCAUGUGACCGAGGGGUUGCAGGUGGGAACCCACAGGACGUCCGGAGCCGCAGGAGGUCCAGGUCAGAGGUGCUGAAGACUGCUUAACUCCCUCUGCAGGCCGACCAGGGAACUACAACUACACUGCCUGCUAACUGCUAACAGCUAACCGCUAAUCAACUCCACAGCCGUGCUGUGGUCGAUGUUCAGGCUGCUGGAUGGCCACAGGAGUGAACUACUGGAGCUCUUAUGAACCCAGUAACAAGGACAUCCCUCAUGUGUUCACCUGGGGCCACCUGAUGAUCAUCACGUGAUGAUGUCAUCAUGUGGACGGGGACAAUAAAGUUUGAACUGAUUUGAAUGCGUGGUGCAGGUGAGUGAGUGUGUGUGGGGCAGCGAACAGGAGUUGAGCAGCGAGGAGGGAGGAGGCGAAGUCACAUGGGACACACAAGCCAUGGAGGUCAAAGGUCAACUCAUCUCAGCACCUGACCCUCUCACCUGUCCGGACAGGAAGCAGAGGGAGCGAAUGGCAGAGCUGCAGGAGAGGAGGCGGGGCCUACAGGCACUCCUCAGCACUCGAUUGGCUGAGCUGAGAUGCAUCUGUCUGCAGGAGGCAGAGCUGACGGGGUCUGUGCCCAGCGACUACCCCCUGGAGGCGGGGGAGAGACUGCCCUGUGUCCGACGGAGAGGUGGGACGUCUCGCCAAGGAAACAGGAAAUGUCGAGCAGAGGAUGACAUCGACUGUCAGCGUUCAAAACCAAAGAAAACUUUAUUCAGUGGAGCUCUGAGGAAACACAGCGACUCUGAACACAACACACACACUCAGACACACACACACCACGGCAAGAGGACUGUGCACAGAGGCUGCCACACAGAUGACACAGUGAGAUCAGAGAGCAGCUCGACAUCAGACUCAACAGGACACGACAAUGAUGACGGGGUGUCUCAGUGUCGCCCCCCGCUGGUCUCUGCUGGUUCUCCAGGUGAGGUUCUCUACCAGAACAAAACCAGGAAGACCUCACUGCACAACAGGUGCGACCAUCCAGAUGACCUUCAGGCCCACAGGCCCCUCCCCCCCCCUCCCUCUCAGGCCUCUACCAACCCCCUCCACCCCCCCCCUCCACUGCCUCGCUCUCAGGACUCCUCCUUUUCCUCAGGCCCCUCUGAUCCCAGUGCAGUGGAGGGCGGAGUCAGGGUGAAUGGCACUCGCCACAGUCACAGCUCAGAUGCUCUCCUCGACCACAUCAACCCCCCAGAGGAGGAGGGGGGAUUGUGGGUAAACGGUUUGCUGGGGUCCCGAGGAAAAAACACAGCUGGAGCGUUCAUGAGCUCUGAGACGCUGAUGGACGGACGCACAAGGAUGAAUAAUGCACUGAGCGAGGGAGGAGGGGCGGGGCGAGGGAGAGGAGGCGGGUACAGCGAGGUGCUGCUGGACUAUGUCUGGGGGAAACAACAGAAGCUGCAGUGGCAGCAGUCCCAGACCAACAACAGGAAGCCAAUCACAUCACAGCACCAGCUGCUCUACAAUGGCCUCUCCUUACAGCAGCCCCUGGGAGCCCCGCCCACCUGCCGCAGUCACCCGGGUGACCAGCGGCGGAUCAAAGUGACCCGCACCAAAUCCUGCGGCCCCUUCCUCCCAGUGCAGCAGAGCCAGACCGAUACCCACAAUCCCCCUCUGUCCGCCAUCCAGCCUGACCCCCACCCCCACCUGCUUCCCCCCCGCCCACCACACCUGCCUCCCACCCAGGACGCACAGCUGGAGGAGGCCACCAGGAGCCUGCACAAGGCCCUCGCCCUGGAAGGUCUGAGGGACUGGUACCUGAGGAACACAAUAGGCUCCACCCACCAAAACCAGGCCAGCGGAAAGGUCAACGCAGGGGUCAACGCUAAGGUGAAUGACGGGGUCAAAGGUCAGAAUGGAGGGGGUGGAGCUCUGCAGGGCAGACGGAGGACAACCGUUGUCAUCCAGACAGAAACAAGUCAUCAUCACGCUCCGCCGCAACACAAACAGACGCUGCCACAUUCAGCCACUUUCCAUGGACACCCGCUGCACGGCAGGUCUGUGGACAGCUCUCUCCACCAUGACUCCUUCCCUCCUCACAAACAGGAAGUCCUUCUCAGAGAUCUGACUCUAGACCAGCCGUCUCCUGGAACUCUUGUCUGACUCACUGACAGUGAGGGCGCAGACAGACCAAUCCCAGGCUGGCUUCCUGGGAUCAGCGUGUCCUGAUGCUUGUUCAAGAGGACUUCCCAAAACUCCACCCACCACGUCACACAGAGAAUGGUGAUGUCAUCAGUAAGUGGGUUGACACAUGUCAGCUGACCUCCUGUUGACUAAUGGGAGCGCUGCUCAGCUGUGAUGGACCGUUGAUUUGAUCAGGGAUGAAACAACUUCCUCAAGUUCAGAACAUCAAAAGGAUUCUUGGUAAAAACCCCAGCUGACGAGUUGGUGUUUUACUGUCGUUUCCAUGAUGACAGUCUUUAAUCUGCUCAGACAAUCAAGACUGAACAAGCUUUUGUACGACUGAUGUACGGAAGAUGAAGAUGAUGAUGAUGAUGAUGAAACUGUUGCACACAAUCACCAGCUGAUGUCACCAGCUCUGUCCAGCAGACCAGCAGUCUGUACAGAUGAACUCUGAUCAGAUCAGGUGACAUGUUCUAUCCCUCAGGUGAGUCCAGACUUAAACUGUCAGGUGAGACUCUUCAGGUAUUCUUACAGUCUUGACUCAACGUCUCUGCACUAAAGUUCAACAGCGGAUGCAGCAGGAAACAGAAAGAACAGAUUGCCAGUCACAGGAUUCCUUCUCACAACCACACCAGGAAGCUUCGUCUUCCUGCUCCAGCAACACCAGUGAAGAACCAGUAAGGUCUGUGGUAUCAGCAGCAUCGGGAGUCAGUUAAACCAAACACACCAAAGCUAUCAGUAAUAAUCAUAUCGAUCAUGUCUAACAUGCUCAGGACGAUUGAACAGCACCAGCAGCUGUUGGAGCAGCAUCAGGCUGCUGCAGCAUGUUGGUCCUGGUGGUCAAACGGUGUAACUACAGUGUGACGUGACACCUCCAUCUGCACGCUGUGUUGACGACGCGUCAGUUAAUCACAGGAUACGAGCGACCGGUUUCCCUGUUUGAUCAGAAAGCUAAACAGAAAGUUAACUACUUGGCAGGUCUAACAAUUGACGUUACAUUAAACCUGGACUCAGUGUUGGAGGCGGGGCCUUGUUCAUUGCUCUGAGAGCUGCUCAGUGUUGUUUGACUUCCUGGUCUAAAAUUACGGAGAUCAUCCAUUUUGUGUGGCUCACAGAGCGCGAGCACAAGAGACUUCCACCGACCGAGCUGGCUAACUUCCUGUUUAGUCCCCGGCUAACUAACAGACUUAAAUGCUAUUGAACUGAAUGGAUCAAACUCUGACUGAUCUCUUGGGGGAUGUCAUUUGUCUCUUCUUUCACGUGUUGGUUCAAAGUGUUUUUGGGCCCCAGUGCGUCCCGUGAUGAUGUCAUUACAGUUUGAACACUAAGACAACUGGCUUCAAAGCCUGGAGCUCUUCAUGGAGGUCGGGUGUCACUCUCUGGUGCUCUGUAAGGAUCCGCUUGUGACACUGAGCAGCUUUAAUGAAAAUAAAUGAAGCUCCGCCUCCACAGACGUCCACGCCUCACUCACCUGUGACAACUGUCUGUAUACAUCCAUUAUUUAUGAUCAGGUUCUAAAUAGGCUCCUAGUGCUGCAGACUGUUGAUCCGACUGAACUGAUGACAGCUGUGUGACAAGUGAACUUGUCUGAGUUCAACUGAUCGAUUUGAAGAGAAUGGUGGUUCCUUGUGAGGAGAAUGUGAGAACAUGGGUAGAGACUGUUGGUGGCGUGAGAGCAAUAAGAGGACGGAGGAAUUGUUGAACUUCUUCAACUUUUCAGGAUCAUCUGCAGCGACAAUCCGAUGAUGAUGUCACAAUGUUGAUCUACUGGUUGAUCAACUGAAUGGACUUUUAUCAGCUGUUCAUGAACUGUUAAAAAUAAACUUGACAUCAGAGUUCCAACUUCUGAUCGACAGUAUUGAUUCUUAUUGAUCAGUUUGUCUUUUAAUUAUCAGUUCAGAGAAACCAGCCUGACCUCGGCUCCUCCCACAGGAAGCUAUGGUCACAUGACACACCUGCAGCCUCUUCAAACGUGAAGGAGUAACCACUGAUGACAUCAUCAAAGAACCAGUGGACACCUGGACGAGGUGCGCUCAGCUGUGAUGAUGUCACAUGAAGCUGACCUUCUUCAGGGGUUCAAAUGUCUGUUGGUGGAUUCUGACGUUCAUAGAUCAAACCACCUGAUUGGACACAGACUGGGAUGACUGAUGACGUCAUUGAUCAUCCUGCAAUUGGCUGCAGCUGCUGUCAUGUGACCGUAGCUUCAGAGGAGCAGAAAGAGUCCCCAGCAUGCACUGCUUCAACCUCUGGACCCGGAAACAAACCGCCGACUGUUUCACCUGACUACUGCAGCAGUACCAUGUAGUACUCUCAUGGACUCUGUGGUACCUCACAGGUGUAUGGAAGGUGGAUGAGGUCAAAGUUAUAGUCAUCGUCUCAAAGUUUUGAAGAAAUUCAACUUUUAAAUCGAAAUGACAACAUUAAUAAACUAGUUUACAACGUUUUGUGGUUCAGUUGAGCUCACAGCAGGCUGGUUCUGACCCGCCCCCUGCUGGCUGGUUCUGACCCCCCUGCUGGCUCAUUUACACACAGCAGCUUCAAUAUGAAACUUGAUUAACUAAAUGUUGAAAUGUUGAACUGUAGGAGAUGAAUAACAACUGCAUCGGCUUCAUCUGGUCCUGUGCAGUACAAAUAUGGAGAGACGUCAUCAAGAUGAACGACUGAGGUCAGAGGUCAGAGGUCCAAACCCUCCAGCAGCCUCCAACCAAACUCAGUGUUUUCAUAAAGCUUGUUAUUUCAUGACAGUUUUCUCUGUCCUUGUUUUAGCGUGUCAGAUGUUCAUUCUGCUGAGGAACACUAAACUAUUUUGAUUUGAUUGCAAAUACACUAUGUCAUUUUGAGGAAGAGAAACAUCUUCACUUAAUGAUUUCCUUGAUUGAAUAAACUGAAAAAACAAAAACACAAAGUGUCCUCAAAAGAAAUCACAGUUUCAAGUGUUGGACUGGGUUUGUGUCGGCAGGACGCUUGUUAGGACUUACUUCCCCUCGAGGAUGCCUUCUAUAUAUGAAAAUAUAUCACAGUUUGUAUUACUACUUUAUUAAUGUUGUAAAUAUUAUAAUAGUGCCCCUUUAAUGAAGUUAAACAUGAGAAUUCUUUGGAAUGUUCUUAUUCUCAGAACAAACAAAGGACGUGACCUCAACACUGGACUCCUGUCCCCCUUCAGGUCCAGGACCAGCUGUUGUCUAGUCUGUCAGUGUGACAUCACAGCUGUCUCUGCUAUGAUGCGUUCAGGUGCAUUCUGUACAGCGGUGUUCCUUUAUACUUUGAGCUGUACAGUCUGAACUUUGUGUAAAAAUAAUUUUCUAUCUUUUUCUACACGUUGUCAUUUGUACUUUUUUCACUCUUUCUGCUGUUUGAUGUUAGACAAUGAAAAAGCUUCAUGUAAAUAAUGAAUGACACACUGUCAACAUGCUGUUUUUAAAUAAAGUUUUCUCUUCACUGA